CUUCCCAACUUUUUCUCCGCCGAGCGAGGGCAGCGGGCGCAGACUCGGGGGCAGGUUGCUGUGCUCCUCGGAGCUCGGCCGCCUCCUCUCCUGGUUCAGGUCCUCGGGGAGCCGUAGACAGACACCAAGUGGCCACUGGCGGUCCUUCCCCUCCCAGCUGAGCCAUCCUCCCCGGCCUCCUCGGGCGGGACACCCCGUGCCGAGGUUUUUCUCCUUUUCUCCCCCAGUGCGCCCCUGCUCCGACUCUCGCUCCGGGAUCGCGGCGGAAACCUUCCUCCCCUUUCGCCGCCUGCGGCUCCUUCCCUCCGCCGCCAGCCACUGGAAUCAAUUCCGUGGGGAAUUGGGGCUCCGCCGCCGUCGCGAAGGACAGCCUUUCCGCGCAGGACUCCAGGGCGCCACGGGGGCCAUGUAAGCAGCUAUCUUCCAGAGGGCCGCACUGGGCAUGGACACCCUUUUCCCUACCUGGAGGAGCACAGGUGAUAGUGUAAUUUUCCAGUCACGAAACUGCUAAGGCCAUCUCAGGGGCGUGUGCGCCAGGAUAGGAGGGCGGCACCCGAGGACCACGUAGCCAUGCCUUUUGGUCUGAAGCUCCGCCGGACACGGCGCUACAACGUCCUAAGCAAGAACUGCUUUGUUACACGGAUUCGCCUGCUGGACAGCAAUGUUAUCGAGUGCACGCUGUCAGUGGAAAGCACAGGGCAAGAAUGCCUGGAGGCUGUGGCCCAGAGGCUGGAGCUGCGAGAGACGCACUACUUUGGCCUGUGGUUUCUCAGCAAGAGCCAGCAAGCACGAUGGGUGGAGCUGGAGAAACCUCUGAAGAAACAUCUGGACAAAUUCGCUAAUGAGCCUCUGCUUUUCUUUGGAGUCAUGUUCUAUGUGCCAAAUGUGUCAUGGCUUCAGCAAGAGGCCACAAGAUAUCAGUAUUACCUGCAAGUCAAAAAAGAUGUACUUGAAGGACGAUUACGAUGUACACUGGAACAGGUGAUUCGGCUAGCCGGCCUAGCUGUGCAAGCUGAUUUUGGAGACUAUAAUCAAUUUGAUUCUCAAGAUUUCCUCAGAGAGUAUGUGCUGUUUCCUAUG